ACAUAAUUUUGUCUGGUGUUUGGCCUACACCAACGUAGCUUUACCAGUUGACAAGGAGCACCACAAAGACAACAAAAACCCAGAUAAUGCUACUCACUUGUCACUGUUUGAAUUUCAAGUUACGGACGAACCAGGCCCUCGUUUUUACAUCUAGAUCUGAUAUUGCAGGUCUGACGAAGGAACAUUACCAAUAUGAUUUUUUCCAGAAGAAACUGGAUGAAAUCGAGAUAACAGAUGGAGGUUUAUCACAGGAACAGUCCUACUUGUUCCACAAGCGACAGUGUGGUGACUGGGUGUUACAUCGCUGUCUAAGCUGUGGAAUUGACACUCAUGCAGUUUGUACUAAGAACAGACCUCCCAAAGUACUGGUCAGUGAUAUGCUUCAGACAGAUUCACUGGUGAUAGAGAGGCUUCAUCAGUCACAGGACUUCUCCCAGGUGUUUGGUAUUGUCAUGACAACGCCGGAAACUGAUAUCCAUUCGGGCAGCAUGCCAGAUUCGUCUUCCCGUAACUAUGAAUCUCUACAAUCUCAGCUCAAUAACAUACAGCAGCACUUGAGUAGCUAUUUACUACAGGAGGAAUCUGCUAUGGAAGAAAGGAUCCGAACAUAUGAGGAAGAAGAACGUGAGCGUUUUCAACAACUGCAGAAUAAAGUUAGAAAUGAUAAGAAGAAAAUGGUCAGUUUACUUCUGACAGCUGCUAAGAGUCAGUCAGAGGAUGCAAAUGUUGGAGGGAAAAGGAAUCAAGGAUCUGGAGAUGGGAGGAAGUUGGACAGGAAAUCAGUUGGCAUUUCUUCCUCUGCUGUGGCUGUCCCUGGUUCUAAGCAUCUAAACAUCAGCAGGACAAAGUCAUCUCCUGUGCCAAAAAUCCAUUCCAUUAGCGAGUACCAGGAAAAUCCAGACUCGGAAGGUAUGUUUAUGUUGGAUGAUGAUGGGGGGGAUGGACAAGAACCUUUCUACUCCUCGGAAGAUGAGGAUGAAGAUGAAGAUGACGAGGAAGAGGAAAGAUCAACUAAGACCAGGACAGUGGCACCGGUUAAAUCUUCCAUCUACUCCUCUUCUAUGCCUAUUUCUGUGCCGAUCUGGAACAGGACUGGACUGGAUGAUGGCGCCACAGAUAGUGACAAGUUGACCCCAAGCGACCCUGACCAGAUAGCAGCCUCCAUGCAGGCGCUUGCCCAGAGUAUUACAAAUGAUGAACGCUACAUCUUUGGGGACCGACCACGCCCAAGGCUCAAUACCGGUGACUUUCAACGUCCAACCCUCAAUAAAGAUAGUUACAACAAGUGAACAUACAUCAUUGUUUGAGGAGAAGUUUAUCGUACCUUUCUACUUUUAGUCAUUGAUUUUACCUUAAAAAUUACUUGGCUGAAAAACAGGCUGUAAAGAGACGGUCCUCUUCAUGAUUUGUUAAAGACAACAUAAGUUAGAGGACCAGUGUAGGUUUUAUUGUUAGUUCAUACAUAUGGAGAGAUCUUCUUUACAGAGAAGUAAUGAAAGAUGUAUAAGUAUACAGAACUAAUGAAAGAUCUUGUUAGCUAACACCAGUUAUAGGACCAGUGUAGGGUUUACGUACAGAGAUCUCGGUCACAGAGAAGUAAUAAAAGUUGUGUACAUAUACCCAACUAUAGAGAGAUCUUAAGACGACACCAGUUAUAGGACCAGUGUAGGGUUUACAUACAGAGAUCUCCUUUACAGAGAAGUAAUAAAAGUUGUGUACAUAUACCCAACUAUAGAGAGAUCUUAAGACGACACCAGUUAUAGGACCAGUGUAGGGUUUACAUACAGAGAUCUCGGUCACAGAGAAGUAAUAAAAGUUGUGUACAUAUACCCAACUAUAGAGAGAUCUUAAGACGACACCAGUUAUAGGACCAGUGUAGGGUUUACAUACAGAGAUCUCCUUAACAGAGAAGUAAUAAAAGUUGUGUACAUAUACCCAACUAUAGAGAGAUCUUUUUAAGACUGAUCACAUGUGUAUGGUGGUCUUUACAAUGUGUAGAAAUUUAAGUAUACUUUGAUCUCUUAUCCUACAGUCAGAUCUUGUUAGCCCACCACUGGUAUUUUUCUCAUCCAUUCCACGUGUCUCCUGGUCAGGGACAUAAAUACUGUAUAAUUUUUACCUACUGUUGCCAAAUUAUGUUUAAACGAACCUCUUUACAGGGUAGAGUGGCACAUACAAGUGUCAUAAACCUUUGUCAUAUGCCUAAAUUACUCCGAUUUACGGCUGUUUUCUUGUGUUUUAUACCCAGACCAUCGUUGUGGAACUACGGAUUACACUUGGUUGUUGAGAGUGCUAAUGUUCAUUGAGAUUAGGUAUACAGUGAAUUUGUGAAAAAUCAUCUUAAAUUGCAAACCGUGAUUACUAUGAUACUGUGUUGUUAAUGAACAGUUGUGAAAGAUUGACGAUUACAAGUCAAUUUCUUGCACUUCUUUUGUGUAACAAAAUAUAGAAUCAAAUUAUGUGUGUAGAUAAAGCUUGAAAGAGUUAGCAUGCUGUGUACGAUUGAUAGAGAAUAUAUACAAUGUCAUAGAGAACUUGACAUUUUAGAAACUAGAUUAGAUUUCUUAUAAAAUUAACCAAUGAUUAGACUGAAAUGUCAUUUUUGUCCAAACAGAUUGUGCUGAGGGCCAUUCCAGUAAAACAUCUGCUUGACCGAGGACUCCAAAAUAAGUCACUUCUAACCAUGGUUAGGUUUCCUUCCUAUUUCCUCUAGGCAAAUUAUUAGUAAAAUUCCAUAGGCGGUACACCUAAAAAAAACCUGGAGUCCAGGUAUGGGAAAGAUGUUUACUGGGCGGUACACCUAAACAAAACCAGGAAUCCAGGUAUGGGAAAGAUGUUUACUGGGCGAUACACCUAAACAAAACCAGGAGUCCAGUUAUGGGAAAGAUGUUUACUGGGCGAUACACCUAAACAAAACCAGGAGUCCAGUUAUGGGAAAGAUGUUUACUGGGCGAUACACCUAAACAAAACCAGGAGUCCAGGUAUGGGAAAGAUGUUUACUGGGCGAUACACCUAAACAAAACCAGGAGUCCAGGUAUGGGAAAGAUGUUAACUGGGCGGUACACCUAAACAAAACCAGGAGUCCAGGUAUGGGAAAGAUGUUUACUGGGCGAUACACCUAAACAAAACCAGGAGUCCAGUUAUGGGAAAGAUGUUUACUGGGCGAUACACCUAAACAAAACCAGGAGUCCAGUUAUGGGAAAGAUGUUUACUGGGUGAUACACCUAAACAAAACCAGGAAUCCAGUUAUGGGAAAGAUGUUUACUGGGCGAUACACCUAAAAAAAACCUGGAGUCCAGGUAUGGGAAAGAUGUUUACUGGGCGAUACACCUAAACAAAACCAGGAGUCCAGGUAUGGGAAAGAUGUUUACUGGGCGAUACACCUAAACAAAACCAGGAGUCCAGGUAUGGGAAAGAUGUUUACUGGGCGAUACACCUAAACAAAACCAGGACUCCAGGUAUGGGAAAGAUGUUUACUGGGCGAUACACCUAAACAAAACCAGGAGUCCAGGUAUGGGAAAGAUGUUUACUGGGCGAUACACCUAAACAAAACCAGGAGUCCAGGUAUGGGAAAGAUGUUUACUGGGCGAUACACCUAAACAAAACCUGAAGUCCAGGUAUGGGAAAGAUGUUUACUGGGCGAUACACCUAAACAAAACCAGGAGUCCAGGUAUGGGAAAGAUGUUUACUGGGCGAUACACCUAAACAAAACCAGGAGUCCAGGUAUGGGAAAGAUGUUAACUGGAAUAGCCCUAAGUAAAAACAAGGUUUUUUGUUUUAAUGUAUGUUUUAGUUGUCUUCUAUCACAAAUAAACAUUUGAUAGGCUAAUAAUCUAAGACAAUUGAAAUAGAAAUCAGUUUAGAGUUAAAUUUUAGUUGAAACAACAUUGUUUGACAGUUACAGGAAAGUGGGAGGUCCAUUGAACAAAGAAAUUUUUUACUGAAAAGGAUAUAUUUGUAGUGAAUUCGUAUCUGUUCACUUUUUUGUGGUUUUUUUUUUUUUAUUAUUAUUAAUUAUUAUUUUAGAUAUUGGAGUCAGGUUUUUGGACAGUACACAAUGUCUGAAGAGUUCUGGUAAAUGAGAUUGUAACUGUUACAUGGUAUAAAAGCUAUGUUUUAUGUAUGUGCUGAAUUUGGUGUGUGUUAUAGAAUUUGAGAAUUAAUUAUAUCAUGAUAAUCUUUAAUUAAUAUCUUUUUUAUUAAAAAUUGUUUACUAUUUAAUCUAUUACACAUAUUAGAAAGAGUUGUGUUAAAAUAGAUAUAUCUCCAUACUGUUUGUGAAAUAGCAACUUCGGGCAUUAAUUAUUUUUGUCACAAUUUGUUUACACUAAAAUAGAUUGCUCAACAGGGAAGUAUAAUGACUCUGUAAUUGAUAUAUUUAGGAGACAUAUAAUGACUGACUGAUAUAUUUAGGAGACAUAUA